AUGGAUACCGGCGAACUGCAUGACCUGACUGUAAAAGGCGCUGUCGUUACCCAACUUGAGCGGUGUGAAGUGGCCUGCCAGAGACUCUUCCAGAACCUUGCGCUAUUGGGUCUUGAACUGCAGAAUUCAGAGAGCAUCACUGAGGGAGUUUGUGACUCAAAAGCAGCCUCAGACCUAGGAAGCUCCGUGGAGCUUCUCGAAAACGAAGAGCGGGCGCUGAGACUCUGUGUCGACAGGUUCGUACUGGAGCUCCGGCAAGUAGAAAAUCUGGCCAAGACUCUAGAUGGAAUCAGGGAGGAGGAGGAAAGGAUUCUGUCGCUCGAGCAGCGCUCCAUCGAGCAGGCAGAGAGAUGCUUUUACUUGUGGAACGAUGCCCGAGAAAUGUUGCGGGGAACGAGGUUGACCUCGAUCAAAGAGGUGCUCGAGUCAGCAGCUCGCUAUCCGCGCAUCCCGUCAUGGACACCGUUGCCUACAUCGAACUGA